UCAGCAACCAAAAGCAUCCAGAAGGCUAGGACUUCCGAGGAUAAGGAACAGAGGAUACUGAGAUUGCGCUGAGCUCUUUGUUGGAUUUGUGAAUCGAAGAAGAUGUGUCCCAUCAAGAAGGAGAUGAGCGGGGAGUCGGGCUCGCCGUGCAGCGUGGACUACAACUCUCCCUCGACUUCGUCGGAGCAACUGCAGGGACAGAAACAGGCGGCGUGGACGAAGCGGCCGGCGGGGCGGACAAAAUUCAGGGAGACGCGGCACCCGGUGUACCGCGGCGUGCGGCGCAGGGGCAAUGCCGGGCGGUGGGUGUGCGAGGUGCGCGUCCCGGGGCGGCGCGGGAGCAGGCUCUGGGUCGGCACCUUCGACACUGCCGAGAUCGCCGCGCGCGCGCAUGACGCCGCCAUGCUCGCUCUCUCUGCCGGCGACGUGUGCCUCAACUUCCCUGACUCCGCUGAGCUGCUCGCUGUAUCAGCAUCCUACCGCAGCCUCAACGAGGUGCGCCACGCCGUCACCGAGGCCGUCGAGGACUUCGAGCGGCGACAGGCGCUGGGCGAGGAGGACGCUCUUUCCGGCACCUCCCCCUCGACGCCCUCCUCUCCGCUCACCGACGACGAGGAGGCGACCUCGCGGGCCGAGGACUCGCCGUUCGAGCAGGACGUCCUGGGCGACAUGGGCUGGGACCUGUACUACGCGAGCUUGGCACAGGGCAUGCUCAUGUCGCCUCCUUUUCUGGCUGUGUCUGCGGCGCUCGGCGAUUACGGCGAGGCCAACCUCGCCGAUGUGCCACUUUGGAGCUACCAGAGCUAGCUUAGUUCGCGCCACUUCAAAUUUUACCUCGCUCCUUCGGUGUCGUCUUGGCUUCGGAUGCCAAAUUUUGGUUCUGUGCGCUCACUGUCUGCAGUUUCCGGUAAUGUGAUGUGAUGGUGCAAAUUGGGAAAACAGAGCAUGGAUUUUCA